AUGGUUAUGAAGCUUGUGGGACUGCUUGUUAAAUUAUGCCAAGAGUUAAAACUUGGCAAAUUAAAAUACCAACAUUUGGAUUGGAAUACGUUGUUAGGAAAGGUAUUAGAAAAUGGGUUGGCCAUAUUAUGGAUUGACAAUGGCCCAGAAUCUUUCCAGGAAAGCAUUAGAGAUUUCCAAGAUUAUUAUGACUAUAAUCAUUAUAUGGGUGGUGUGGACAUUGCAGACCAACUGAUAUAUGAGAGG